AUGUCAUCGGCUGCCAGAGCUCUUGAGACGCUGUGGAGCUUGGAGGCGCUGGGUAUAUCGGACCCCCCUGCAGCGUCGCAGAUGUCGGCGGACGAGGAGGAAGCUACUCGACAAUUCAACAGCGAAAUCUCCUUCGAAGAUGGUCAUUAUGUGGUUUCGUUCCCGAAGCGACCGAGCAUCUCUCAACUUCAGAACAAUCUGGGCGUCGCUUCCCAACGUCUCGAGCGAAAAUUAUCGCAGCUCAGGCAAUAUCCCAUGAAAUAUCGACGCUAUCACGCGGAGGUGAUGAAGUUCAUCGACGACGGCUUCGCUGUAGAAGUUCGCGACUUCUCGCCUGGUUCCCGUUCGGAAGUCGAUGGUUCAUACUACAUGCCUCAUCACGAGGUUGUCGUGACGUCGGAAAAGGCGGAAAAAUGGAGAAUCGUGUUUGAUUGCUCCGCAAAGCAGAAAGGCGCCUCGUCCCUCAAUGAUCAUCUCUUACCGGGUCCGAACCUGAACCCCGACUUGGUGUCGCUUCUUCUGAAUUUCCGACUGCACUCCGUGGCGGUGUCGGCCGACGUGAGCAAGGCCUACAUGAGAAUCGCCGUCGCACCGGCAGAUCAGCCGCUGUUUCGAUUCCUGUGGAAGGGACCCGACGCCGACUCCGUCCGGGCGUACCAGAUGCAGCGAGUUACGUGGGGAGCGGCGUCAUCCGGUUUUCUUCUGGCCGCGACGAUCCGGCAUCACUUACAGGGAGCCGACCCCGCGUCGCAGGAUCUCUCGAAAUGUCUAUACGCGGAUGAUUUCUUGCAAAGCUUCGAAGACCCGCAACGCGCGAUUCAGUUCACCGAUAACAUCCGUCGAACACUCAAGUCAGCGGGAAUGAAUCUCGCGAAGUGGAAGACAAAUUCGAAGGAGGUGGACGACCACUUACUCAGCAAUGGCGUCAAACCAGACGAAUUCGAUUCGACAGCGUCGGGGUUCUUGAAAGUUCUAGGCAUCUCCUGGUGCCCGUCACAGGAUGUCUUAUUGUUUACGACACCUGCCUCGUUUGACGGUCUGGAACUCGAAAGCGCUCUGACAAAACGUCGAGUACUGAGCUUGGUGGCAUCUAUAUUCGACCCUUUGGGUUGGCUCACCCCGUUCACCCUCCGUGCGAAAAUGAUCAUCCAGCAACUUUGGGCCAUCGACCUCAAGUGGAACGACACGAUUCCGGACAGAAUCCGUGAGGAGUUCCGCGCGUGGAUGUCAGAGGUCGGAUCCCUCAGCGAGAUCAAACUGCGGCGACGGUACAGCAACAUAUCGAGAACGCCGAGCGCCUACCUGCUGCAUUCGUUCGGAGAUGCCUCGCAGACGGCGUAUUCCUGCGCAUCCUACAUCGAAAUACAAUACUCGGAUGGACCAUCCGACUUCGCUCUCGUGAUGACAAAAUCAAGACUGGCUCCACGUGACUCACCAUCCUUGCCUCGGCUCGAGCUCCUUGCGGCUCUGAUCGCCGUCCGCCUGAAAAGGUUUCUGACUGAAAGAAUGAACGUCAAAUUCGAACGAGCCCUGUUUUACACCGAUUCGACGAUUGCCUAUCACUGGGCCACAUCUUCGAAUCCCGGAUGCUGGAAACAAUUCGUCAGCAACAGGGUGCGUGAGAUCCAGGCGGACUCCCGACCAGAGGAUUGGUUCCAUCUGAAGGGCAACUUCAACAUCUCAGACCUGGCGACUCGACUAGUUUCGGCCGCUACACUUAUUCAAGACCAGGAGUGGUGGUACGGCCCCAGCUGGCUACGUCUGCCGAGGGAGCGAAGGCCCCUUUCUCAACCACAACGCGAGUCCGUAGCCCUAGACCCUGUUAGUAAAGAGAUGCGAGGCGUGCUCGCGGUUGUCACCACAAUGGAUCCGGUGUUGAAGAUCGAGCGAUUCAGCACGGCCUGUCGAGCGACUCGAGUGCUCGCGCACGUGCUGCGUUUCGCACAUAUCGCUCGUCGAAGACCAGUCCCCACACGGAGAGGACUUUAUCGUCACGCCGAGUCCAUCCUCAUCCGGUGGUGUCAGGAGCGGUUUCUCUGCCAGGAGAUCUCAUCGGUCCGAGUCGGCGAGAAGGUCCCCAGCGGCUCAAAGCUGGCAGCGUACAAGCUCUUCAUUGGCGACGAUGGGCUUCUUCGAAUCGAAACGCGCCUCAGAGCUGCUCCCCACUCACUUACGACGAAAGAAACCCCCGUCGUCGUUCCAGGAGAGUCGCGACUGGCGAAAUUGCUCGUCGUUGACGCUCACCGUAUCAACGCCCAUUUUGGCGUGAACACGAUCCUCAAUAUCCUCCGCAGAAGGUUCUGGAUCACCCGCGGCCGUCAAGUCAUAAGGGCUGUGCUCCGUCAGUGCGUCGUGUGUCGCAAACGUCACGGUGGAUCGGCCGAGCAGAUCGAGGCACCAUCACCCGAGUCCCGGUCGACCUUGCAGGCGCCGUUCGCAGUCGCUGGCGUCGACUUCUGCGGACCGUUCUAUACAAAACAGAGAGCGGAAACCUUCAAAUCGUAUGUGGCGUUGUUCACGUGUACGGCAACGCGCGGAAUCCACCUUGAGCUUGUCCCUUCGCUAUCGACCCCACAGACUCAUCUCGCAAUUCGACGGUUCCUGUCAAUCUACCCGGCGUGUCAUCACUUCAUAUCGGACAAUGGGACAAGCUUUGGCAAAGCGGCUACAGAAAUCAAAAGGCUGUUCAACUCAACGAGGGAUCCUGAGGUUCUGGAGAUCCUCGACGGUCGCUCCGUCGAUUGGAGUUUUAACUGUCCCCGCGCUCCAUGGCGUGGCGGCUUCUUCGAGCGUUGUGUCGGCAUAGUGAAGUCGGCCCUCGCCAAGACACUCGGCAAAACGCUCAUAGGGUACGAAGAAUUCCGGACCAUUCUCUGCGAGCUUGCUGCAACUGUGAACGAUCGUCCGAUUUCUCAUGUGGACUCUGAUUGUGAUGUGCCAGCAGCUCUCACCCCAGCUCAUUUCCUCCGGGGAGGCCCAUACGUUCCAGCGAGCGCCCCUCUCAUCGCAGUCGACUCUCUUGGUGGAGACGAACUUCCCACCGAAGAUGCUUUGCGAAGGGCACAUGACUCAAAAACCCGUUAUUUUCGCGAUCUUUCGGUGCGAUGGUUUCGCGAGUAUUUGUUGCUGCUCCGCUCCGCCGUAGGGACCCGAGGCCGCGAAUCCGCACCCUUAAGGGUUGGCGAUGUUUGCUUGCUCCGCGACGAUAACCUUCCGCGAGUCAGGUGGCGAUUGGUUCGCGUACUGGCUGCUCAUCCGGGUCGCGAUGGCGAGACCCGCACAUAUACUGUAAAAUUCGGAAACUUGCGAACGUCUCGACGAGCUGCCCAACUCUUGAUACCAUUGGAAUUGUCUGCCGACCGGCCGGAGACGCCGUCCCCGGCGCUUCCCGAAGGCGCACAGGCCUAA